CAUUUAUCUUUUUACUUCCGUUGCUUCUUCAUAUUUCUUACAACUUCUAAUUCUGUAUUUCCUCAUUUGUUAGGAUGACAUGUUACCGGCAGUGGGAGGACAAGAUCACUUAACAUCCCACCGCUGAUGCAGCCAGGACGAUAAACAGAAUGAGGGACUAUGUUAAUGAGCAGCCACAGCGUACGGAAAAAAAAUUGUCAGAGAGAAGACUGUAUCAUGUGCUUUUCUUGAGCAUCGGAUUGCUGUGUAUCGUACAAGCCGUUCUCAAUUUGUCGUUACGUCUUACAUUAUACUCAAGUGAGACUGCAGUAACCUCAGGUUGCAAUGUAACGGACGUUGGUGGCGAAAACCACAGGAAGGACGGAGAAACAGACUGUGAGCACAUACAGCCAGGUCAUUGCAAAAAGUUCCUGGAAGACAUCUGUGCUUUGAAAAAGGACAGAAGCCAGCUUGAAAACAGCAACAGUAAAUUGCGGCAACAAAUGAAGGAGGUGGAGGAGGAGAGAGACAUACUGAAAAGGAGGCUGGCUGAGAGGAACGGCUGUGCGUCGUCCCAGUGUCCUGCUGACUGGAGGGAGCUCAACUCCAGGUGUUACUUCCUCUCUACAGAGACGCAGACAUGGGAGGGCAGCCGAAAGCACUGCCAGAGUCAAGGCGCUGACCUGGUGGUAAUUAACAGCGAACAGGAACAGAAUGCCAUUUAUCGUCUGAAUGGGAGCGAGUAUCUCUUGUUCUGGAUUGGAUUGCAUGGCAAGAAUGGGAUGUUUCAGUGGGUGGAUGGAUCAGCACUAGAAACACCAUUUUGGCAGCUUGGGCAGCCGGAUCAUGGUGGCCCUAACAACAAUGAGGACUGCGUGGAGAUGUAUCACAAAGAGCCAGUGCUUCUCAGCUGGAAUGAUGCCCCUUGUGGACACCAGCGGCACUGGUUGUGUGAGAAGGAUCUGGGUUUCUUUCCAUAGUGUCUCUGCUCUGGAAAACGCAUCUACUACACAAGUUUAAAUUGAAUACACCAAAUGUGCUUUUACAAACGACGUGUCAAAGAUAUUCAAAAAUGUAAAUGUAUUCGUCUUUAGUAAACAGUAAAAUUAAAUAAAGAAAACAGUAAAUCCUUGCGCUGAUCUGGUUCAGAUAUGUGGUAUUUAUUUAAACUGAGGGUUUUAUGUGAAUAAGGUCAGUCCUUAUUUCAGCUUAUUUUAUUACAUGAUGUAGGAAUUCAAUUGAAAAGGGGCUUUUUUAAAAAUAAAUGUAAACAUACAGUCUGUCACAACAGGCACAGAUCAUUAAUAAUCUCCUUGAGAGUUCUUGUUUCAGCAUAAACAAAUAUGAAAAGAACAAUCUGUUCUAAGACGAUGAGUCUUGCUUCUGGGGAUUUAAGUCUUUGUUUCAGGAAAAGGAUUUCAAGUAUGCUGAUGUCUUGUUCACAAGCAGGACAGACCUUGUUGUAAAGACAUACAGUAGGUUGGGUCUUUGUAAUCAAAGCAUUGGUCAAGCCUGUUGUGGUAAAAA